AAGAUAUCGCCAUAUUUGGACGAAAACGGUAUAUUGCGUUUGUGCGUUAGAGCUGUACACAUCGAACUUGCAGAGAAUCUAUCAACCGAUGCAUUCAUCUUAUGUUUACGUAAUUUUCUAAAUCGUCGUGGAACUCCAGUGAGAAUUAGGAGUGACAACGGAACUAAUUUUAUUGGUACACAAAGGGAGCUUGCCUCAGCCGAACAUCUAUUGGACACAGGACGUAUCCGUGAAGAAGCCACAAAACAUCAUAUCGAGUGGAUAUUCAAUUGUCCUGCCAAUCCAAGUAGCCUUGGCUGUUGGGAGCGCUUAAUUUAAAUUGUUAAAUCCCUACUCAACAGAACGUUACAGAGAGAACAUACGUUUCAAAGUGUACUGAUAGAAGCAGAAAAUAUUAUUAACUCGCGUCCUUUAACCGACAUACCUAUGUCGCACGAAGAAGAAGAGCCAAACACGCCUAACCACUUUAUUUUGAGCUGUGUCAAUUCAACACAAACGCCUCAUCCUGCAGACGAGAAAAUAUGCCUCAAGAAACAAUAGAAGAUUGCGCAGAACCUGAAAGAUCGAUUAUGGAAACGUUGGACCAUAGAGUAUGUACCAAAAUUAUUUCGCCGAGCAAAGUGGCAAGAAGCAGUGCCUCCCCUACAAGUCGGAGAUCUCGUCAUUAUAUGCGAGAU